AAAAGUUACGAUAAGCUCGCGUCAAUAAAAUUUGUUCAAUAAUUCAAUUAAUGUUACGUCGAUUGAAUUCAAGACACUUUACAAUAUCGGAGCUUUUAAUCUGCAAACAAAGAGUAUUUUUAACCAAUCUAACCUAUAAAAAUUUUAAAAAAAAUUACAGUGGAGUAACGUGUAGACAAUUAUCAUACAACUAUGACUCGUAUAAUAACUCAAGUACAGUUUUGCCAUCCCAAUCUCAAAUUGUUAUUGCUGGAGCAGGUACGGUGGCUAAUUCUGUAGCAUAUCAUUUAGCUCUUAAUGGCUGGAAUGAUGUUCUUGUUUUGGAACAAAAUAAAAUUGGAAAUGGCAGCUCGCACUUUGGUUCAGGAACACUUGGAUUAUUCAAACCACUUUCUCAUCGAAAUAUCAUAUCAUACAGUAUUAAGCUCUAUCAACAAUUGCAAGAAAUGGGAUAUGACAUUGGUUUACGCCAAUGUGGAAGUAUUAAUUUAGCUCAAACCAAAGAUAGAAUGAUUGCUUUAAAAAGAAGAAUGGCUUAUAAUGUGCCAACAGGAUUGCAUUGUGAAGUUUUAGGAAAAGAAGAAUUGAAAAAAAUGCACCCACUAUUACAUGUUGAUGAUAUAGAAGGAGCAAUAUUUGUACCAGAAGAUGCAGUAGCAAAUCCUGUAGCUAUAUGUGAAGUAUUAGCUAAGUUGGCAAAGAAAGGAGGUGUUCGUUAUAUAGAACAUUGUCAUGUUGAACAAGUAUUGACUGAAAAUGGAGCAGUUAAGAAGGUCAAAACAAAUAAGGGUUUUGUAACAUGUGAAUACUUUGUUAACUGUGCUGGAAUGUGGGCAAGAGAAUUAGGACUCAAAUGUAGUCCUCCUGUUAAAAUACCAGCUUAUCCAGCAGCACACUAUUAUGCUAUUGCAGCUCCACAUUCAAUAGAAACGCCUGAGAAUUUGCCAUGUGUGCGCGAUUUUGAUUCAUAUUCAUACAUGCGCGAAUGGCAAGGUGGAAUAUUAGCUGGUUGGUUUGAACCAGAAGCGAAACCUGCAUUUCAAAACAGCAUAGCUCCCACAGUAAAUUGGAAAGAGCACCUUACAAUUGAUGAUAGGCAUUGGAAACCACUUUGGGAUAAAAUUUUACACAGAAUGCCGAUUUUGAAUGAAGUAAAAGAACCAUUUAUUUACAAUUGCCCUGAUAAUUUUACGCCUGAUGGAAGAUGGAUAUUAGGCGAGACUUCGGAUGUCAAAAAUUACUUUGUGGCUGUUGGAAUGAACGGAAACUCACUUCAAGGGGCCGGUGGGAUAGGAAAAGAAGUAGCAGAAUGGCUUAUGAACGGUGAAUCAACGCAAGAACUUUUACCUUUCAAUGUGCAAAGAUUUAUGGACUUGCACACGAAUAGGCAAUAUUUGCAACAAAGGGUCCGUGAAGUUGUUGGACGUAAUUAUGCUAUACUCUAUCCACAUCAGUGCGAAUAUAAAUAUGCUCGUAAACUUCGAUGUUCACCCUUGUAUUCCGUUUUGGAAGAACGAGGUGCUAUAUUUGGCAUAAAAAUGGCUUACGAACGAGCACUUUAUUUUGAUCCAACUUACCGCAGAGGCCAAAAGAAACCAAUUAUGCCUCCUGGAAGCUUUUAUAAACCAAAGUUUCUUGAUUUUAUGAAAGAGGAAUUUGAAGCUAGUCAGAAAGGUGUUGGGAUAAUCGAUAUGAGCUCUUUUUCAAAAAUAGAAAUUAAGUCGGCAGGACUGGAAGUGGUCGAUUACUUACAAAAAUUGUGCUCUAGCGAUGCCAAUUUAGCUAUAGGAGCGAUAGCGCACACAGGGAUGCAAAAUGAAAGAGGUGGUUACGAGAAUGACUGCAUGCUUGUCCGUCAAGCAGAAAAUAGCUACUUUAUGGUAUCUCCAACACUCCAGCAAACGCGAAUCUAUCAGUGGAUGUCGAGACAUUUACCAGCGGAUCACUCGGUAGGACUUAACGACGUCACUUCUAAAUACACAGUUGUCAAUAUCAUUGGGCCAAAAGCUUCUCAACUACUCUCAGAGCUUUCGAACUCUGACUUGAAUCUAUCGUCUUUCACUUAUAAAAAUUGUAACGUGGGUUAUGCAUCGGACGUUAUGGUGAUGUCUUAUACACAUACGGGCGAACCUGGUUACAGCCUUUAUAUUCCAUCUGAAUAUGCUUUACAUGUGUAUGCUACACUAAUGGAGGUCGGAAAAGAUUAUAAUGUCCAUAAUGUCGGUGUACUAACCCAAAGAUUCAUGAGAAUUGAACGAUUUAUCCCAUUCUGGGCUGAAGAGCUCACACCUUUUGUGACCCCUUACGAAGCUGGCAGCGGUCAUAGAAUCAAUCUUGACAAAGAGUAUUUUAUUGGAAAAUUUGCCUUACAACACCAGAAAGAACAUGGUGUCACAAAAAGACUGGUAUUGUUCGUUAUAAAUAAUCUUGAUCUUAACAAAAAUGUAUGGGCCUGGGGUGGUGAGCCACUUUAUCGCAAUAAAGAAUUUGUGGGCACUGUUACAUCGACUGGGUACGGCUUUAGUAUAAAGAAAUUAAUUUGCCUUGGUUAUAUCGGCCAUCCUGGUUACACGCAUUCGUACGAUGAGAGAAAAAUCGUGACAAACGAAUUUAUUAUGGAUCCAUCAGCUGUUUAUGAAGUUGACAUUGCGGGUCACCGAUUUCCAUUAACGCCACAUAUUCGCUCGUUACCGUUGCCAGGCUAUAAAAGUAAAAAAUACAUACCAACUCCAGUCAAUUCUUAUAAAAGUGAAAUUUCACACUGAGAUUUUAUCAUUCUGUAAUAAUCAAAUAUUUUCAUGACAGUACUAAAACACAGUCAAGUUUAAUAAAUAUAAUAAAUUCUUACAGUUUUUAUGAUUAUCUCAACAGAAUCUGUUCUAGUCAUUUUACAGAAACAUGUUUUUUUUUAUAUUAUAAAGUACUUAAUUGUGUUUUAAGUCUCUACUUUUUUUAGUUUUCACAUGUGUUCGCUUUUUAUGAUAAUAAUAGUACUUUUAUACGAAGUACUAAUGAUUAUUUUAGGGUUAAUAAUUAUUGUUAUUCAUGUGUCAUGUUAACAUUCUGUACAAGU